AUUAAAUGAAGAAUGAAAAAUUUAUUUUGGAAAACACUGUAAAAGAGUACCAGUUUCAGAGUGCAACAAAGGGGCUGCAUGAAAUUGCUUCUCCCAGUCUGAACGAACCGAGCCAAACCAAAAAGAUGGCUCCGUAGCCUACAUGUCAACAGACUCAAUGCCCGCCCUAGCACCUCCAGGGUCGACUUUUCAGUCAUCAGAAUCAUAAUUCUAGAUCUAGAUCUAUAUUGCUUUAAAUUUACAAACUGAAUUUAGCUUUGCUAAAGAGCUUUUUCUUUUUGCAUUGAACAGCAAGUGAUCACAGAAGUGUUGGAGCACAGAAAUUUUAACCCAAUGGGAAUUCCCACAAUGACGACAUUCAAAGCCCAAAAGUAAUAAAAACAAGUGACAGUCCAUUUGUCUAUACUUCACCCAUGGGUAAUGAGGUACAAAAAGCAGCCAAGGAAGCAGCUGCUGAGGCAGGCAUAGAUCCUUCAGACCUUGGUGAUGAGAUGGACUUACAAAAACUGAUGCAGCUUCUGGGUAAAGAGAACAGUGGCAAGCAAGUCUCAGAUUCAUCAGACUCUGAUGGUGAAGAAAACAAAGGGGAAAAGAAAAAGAAGAAGAAAAAGAAAGCUGACAGUGGAAUCAGUGAUGAUGACUUGUACAGAAAGCUGAAGAAUAGUACAGCACGAGAGCAGACGUCAGGAGCUGAAGCACUCAUUGAGUGUGCUACGAGAGGGCGCACUGCUUUGAUUGCCAGAUUUCUCAAUGAGAACCCCUGUGUUGAUGCUCAGGAUAAGCAAGGCCGAACAGCUCUGAUGAUGGCAUGUGCAAAGGGCCAGGAGAAUUCUGUACAGCUGCUGCUAGAACGUGGGGCAAACACUAACGUGGUGGACAUCCGUGGGAACUCUGCCCUUCUUGUGGCUCUUGCUGCCAAACAAGAAAAUCUAGCACGAGAACUAAUUGACCAUCGAGCCGACAUCCAUGUGAAAAACAAUAACCAUGACACUCCUCUGCAUGUUGCUUCUGGGAAAGGCUUGAAUGAUAUUGUCAAACUGUUGAUUAAAAAGGGAGCGGAUAUUAAUGCAAAAGACCUCAGACAAUGGACACCGUUGAUGCAAUGUAGCCAGCACAAUCUGUACGAUACUGUUCAGAUCCUUGUCGAUGCAGGGGCCAAUGUUGAUGAGACUCAGGUAUCAGGUGGAAGUGCCUUAGAGAUCAGUGCUGACCAUGGCCACAUGGAAAAUGUGAAGAUCCUCUUGAAGGCAAAUGCAGAUAUCAAUCAUGCUAAUAAACGAGGGUGGACACCUCUAGCUUCUGCUGCUGGUCACGGACAUUCACAGGUGGUGCGCAAGCUUAUUAAAUAUAACGUUGAGCUGAAUCCAACUGACAAGCAUGGAAGGACUCCGCUUUUCCAGGCUGCAUUACAGAGUCACAGGAACGUUGUUGAAAUUUUAUUGAAAGCUGGAGCUCACCCAGACAUCACUGACAACAAGGGAAACACGCCGCUGAUGUGUGCUUGUCAGGAAGGUAACAUUGGGAUUGUAGAGAUUCUACUAGACUAUAAAGCUGAUGUCCUGCUGACUGACUAUGAAGGAUUGACUGCACUGUACAUGGCAGUUCAAGGCAAGCACAGACAGAUUGUGAGAACGCUGCUGUGUCAACAUGACAGGCCAUUCCCUGGGAUAAACUUGAGGGUGAAAAAAGGCACAUCUCUUCUACUCCGAGCUGUAACCAGCGGAAACCGGGAUGUCACAAGGAUGAUAAUCGAGGCUGGUGCUGAUGUCAAUCAAACCGAUGAUGACGGCAAAACUCCUCUGUUGGUGAGCAGUCACCAAGGUUACCUUGAAGAUGUACGGAUGCUUCUGAAUGCUGGGGCCAGGCCUAAUGAAUGCGAUGAUGAUGGUGACUCACCCCUAAUGAUGGCUGCCUUGAAAGGUCAUCUGGAAAUUGUUAGAUUGCUGUUGAGUUAUGGAGCCUCUGUUCAUUUAUCUAACACAAAUGGAAGAACUGCUCUCAUGAACGCUGCCUACAAUGGACAUGAAGAUGUGGUAGAGUUACUGUGUGAGUGUAAGCCUGACCUUAAUGCUGUAGAACAUAAAGGAUGGAACGCUCUCAUGUUGGCAACUCAGUUCGGACACUCAAAAGUGGUGAGAUACUUACUGAGUAAGGACGUUCCCUGUGACAUGCGCACUAAGGAUGGCUCAACUGCUCUCAACAUAAGUGCUGCCAAUGGGAAGUUUGACUGCGUCCUGGCUCUUGUUGACAAAAAUGCCGAUGUUGAUGCUAUGGAUGAGAAUGGCAGCACACCUCUUAUUUUGGCAUCUGGAAAAGGUCAUUGUCGUAUCGUGGAACUUCUUCUGAAUAACCGUGCAAAUGUUGAUGCAUCCAACAGUAAAGGGCAUACCGCCCUUCUUCUUGCGGCACAUAAAGGGUUUGACAACGUUGUUCAGUUCCUUCUGAACAAAUGUGUCAAAGUAAAUGUGGCUGACUGUGAUGGGGAUUAUCCAAUCCACACUGCUGCUUUGAAUGGACAUCUUACAAUUGCCAAAGCUCUCAUUGAAGCAGGUGCCCGAAUUGACGUAGUAGAUAAAAAACAGCGAACUCCACUGAUGAAUGCUGCUCAUAAGGGGGACCACGAGUUGGUGAGUUUACUGAUCAGCAAAGGCGCUAGUGUACACCAGCCAGGAGCGGAUGGCUGGACCCCGCUCAUGCUGUGCACUCAAUAUGGACACACAGACUGCAUGCGAGUCCUGAUUGAUAACGGAGCUGAUAUUGAAUCUGUUGAUAAAGCUGGAAAUACUGCUCUGAUCAUUUGCUCUGCCAAUGGCCACAAAAAAGCUGUUUGUAUGCUAUUGGAGCAUAAUGCCAACCUCAAUGCCCAGAACAAUAAAGGCCAGACUGCCUUAAUGGUGAGUACAAACAAUGAUCAUUUAGAGAUUGUUCAGUUUCUCCUAAACCAUACGUCUAAAGUUGAAGGCCAGGAUGUAAAAGCAAAUCUGGAACUGCAUGAAUAUGAAAGACUUGACACUGCGCUUAUUAUCGCCGCUCGUCGAGAGAGAACCUCCAUAUUGAAAGUUUUGCUGGAUCAAGGAGCAGAUGUCAAUGCACAGAACAGACACAACAGUACAGCCCUCAAUAUCAGCGCUCAGUAUGGCUACAAGAACAUUGUUGAAGACCUGUUGGAAAGAAAUGCUGAUGUGAAUUUGACUGAUUCAGAUGGGGAUACCCCCCUCUUGAGCUGCUGUCUAAAUCCAGGGAAUCACUUGGUUGUCAAGUCACUUUUGACCAAAGAAGCUGAUGUAAAUAUUGUCAACAAGAACAAUGAAAGUGCUCUAUUUUUGAGUGCCAAAAAUGGCUGUCGUCGGAUUGUUGAGCUAUUGUUAAGGCAUGCAAAGUUUGAGCCACAUCAGCUUGAAAAGGCAAUCAAUGCUGCCAAAAGCAACAGUCAUCAACAAAUUGUGGAAAUGCUAAAUAAUGUAAAGGAGUCUACCACUGCCAAAACCACUUAUGCUGGGGAUACUGGUGCAGAAGAUGAUGCCCUGAGCACUCCGCCUUGUGAUAAAGGUGCAACUGUUGAGGACAAAGACAGUGAGGAUGGUGUACUAGAUGAAGGGAAAGAUGAAAGCUGGAGAUCGCCAGCUCCAAAUCUUUUCAAACUCGACCAGCAAGACUCUACCAGUGAAACAAGUGGAGAAAAUAUGGCCGAACUCUUGGGUGCUGUUCGGAGCGCACUAAAGGAGCAACAGUCACCAAGGAGCAGAAAAUCUAGUAUGUCAUCUCACCGAUCCUAUGAUGGUCAAGUCGGAAGAAAGCCAAACCGUGGUGCUUUGGCAAAGCGAAACGACAGUAACGCCAAUGAGUCAAAAAUUGUCGUCAACUUCACCAGCAUUGAUCAGGCAAGAUAUGUGGCAGCUGGCUGUUAUUCCAGCAUCAAGAAUGGAGAUCCUUCUGACCACAUGAACCUUAUGCAUGAUAACAAGGAUGAUAAACCAAAAUAAGUUGCAGUUGAAAGAAUUAAGUAUGGUCUGCUACAGACAGAGCUUUUAAUGCGAACAGGGGUUUAUUGCUGUUGCAAACCUCUGCUGCAAGUGUGAAUAGGAAAUGUACAGCAACCCAAAAGUCCCCUUGAAUAUCAUUAUAUGAAGUAAGACAUGUAUUUAAGAACAAAAUGUGUGUUAAUGUUUUUCUUUCCUCUCUGCUGAGUACUCUGUUGGAGGACCAACUGUUUUGUCCUUUGAAAUGUCCUACAUUGUGUCUAGUAGGAUAUUGCAUAAACGCAUUAGGAGAAGAAGUCUUGUGUGUAAAUAUUUUUCAACUGAUUUUGAUUAAUAAUGAGCAUUAAUAAUGAGCCAUUCCAGUCUGCUUAUAGGACAAACCAUAGCACAGAAUGAAUGACAUUCUUGCUGACAGUGAUAAAGGAAAAGCUGUUUUGCAGAGCCUUUUAGAUCUAUCUGUACCUUUAUUGAAGUUACUUGAGGUGUUUUUGGAAUAGGGCCUAACUGUAACUGCCCUUUGCUGGUUUUGUUUUUGUCUAUCAAAUUGAUAUCACUCUGCUGUUUUUGGGCAGUUUUUUCACCAUUUAUACUUGUCAAGGAAAUAGUUAAGUAUAAUCUAAAGUAUCAUUUCUAGGCUGAUGAUACCCAAAUCUAUGAUUCAACAAUGUCUACCAGCUUAGACGUAAAGGAACUUGUCCGUUGGGCUGAAAAUUGUAUUGUUUCCGUGAAAAAGCGCAUGAAUAAAAACAAACAUGUAGAAUGAUGAUAAAACUGAUAUUGAUCUGACUCACAGGACAAAGUUUAAAUAAGGUUGAUGACGAUCACAUAAACAUGGAUGAUACAGAAAUUGUAUUUCCAAGAAAAGUUAAAAACUUUGGCAUCUGUUUUGAUUCUGAUUUGUCAAUGUUGGCUGAGGUGAACUUCAUGAUCAGCUGAAUGUAGAUCUACAUAGAAAUUAGAAAAGUCAGUAAGAUGUGCUAUCUAAUCAAUAUUAAAUGUCCUGCUUUGUUAGUAAGUAGUUUAGUGUUUAUCAAGAUUUGAUUAUUUUAACUCUUUAUUAUCAGGAGUGUCUCCGGAGAAACAGAAGCUAUGCAUUUAGUUUUACAGAAAAGAAAGUGAGACUCUUUUAUGGACACUGCACAGGCUUCCUGUUUAGGGAAAAAUUAUGUUCAAGUUUAAUUAGCCACUCAAUGACAAAGUGCUUUAAUAGUUAAGCACCAUCAUAUUUAUCAAAUCUGUUGAAACUGUACAUGAGUUCGGUGAUUUAGGUCACAAUCUUGUAAAAACAAAUUACUUUUACCAUUUAAAAAAGUUAAACAAUUGGUGAAGGGGCAUUUACAUUUCAUGGCCCUAAGAUCUAGAAAGUAUUGCUUGGUAAAUUUAACAGCAUUCAAAUCGUUUGAUUCAUUUAAAAGUCAGUUCACGUCAUUUUUUUUCUUAGAUUUAGAUUUUUAGUCAGAAGACAAUGUAUUGUCUAUGUAUAUUUGUAAAGCGUUCAGAGCCAUGUGUUUUUUAAUUGGGGUAGAGCACUAUAAGAAUGACACAUAUUAUUAUUAUUAACAACAAUCUUUGCGUGUGAGAUGCUGUUAAGAAUUUUGUCCAAAUGAAUCUUGGAAUUCAUUCUUUGCAGUUUCAUUUUAUGGACGUUUAAUUAUGUUCUGUUUUGACCUCUUGAUGUAAUUCAAACAACACCAUUAAUUUUUGGUGAAACAAAGCUCUUGCAUCCGUUCAAAAUUUCUUGGUAAGAUUUCAUUUAUUAUUUCAGCUCCAUUCACAAUUUAUUUAGUGUGCUAUGAAACUAGUAUUAGGUAGGCCUACUUAAUUUUGCAUAAAUUGAGAUAUGAUCAUUUCAGUAUUUUUUAUUUCUUAUUUUUUAUAAUAAGAAGUUUUAAAUUGUAUUUAUUUGUUUAUGUUAAUCUUUAGAAAUACAAAAUAUUUUGUUUCCAAAACCUUCAGUCUGAAGGUACCAUAGUUUAAAUGUCUAACAAUAAAUGAGCAAAACCAAAAUCUAGGUGAAGUGGGAUGGAAAUAGAGCCAUGUCCGGAAUGUGCAUUAAAUAAUAUAGAAAAGAUAAUGUGCAGAUUUUCCUGUAUCAAGAUUUAACAUAACCCCUUUUUUCCUAGACUUUUGGUAAAUUUAAUGCCUUGAAAUAAUUGCACUGUGUUCUUGUUGUAUUAUUGCACCGUUUUGAUCUACUAUUUUAACUGAACUUGUUUAACUCUUUUUAAUAGGCACACAUUGAUUUUUUACUGAGAAAUGAUUUCCUUUAUAGAUUUGUUUUUCUUCUACUUUGCAUCAGAAUAAAAUUUGAAGUUAUUUUAUUUAUUUUUCUAAGCCUACCUUUUACAUGGCAGAAACUGAAUCUGUUUUGGGACUCUCUUGAACUGCUUUAAUACGAACAGUUAAUUCACAUCCUAAUAUUGUGAAAUUGCAUUUAUUUUUCCUAUUUAGCUUUUUUUAUAAAUGCUUUUGUAUUCGUUGUCGCAGAUUUUAUUGUGAGUGUACAACUUGCUUUUAGUCUAUAUAUAGUUGAAUGAACAAUCGUUAUGACUAUGUAAAGCAUAGAUUUCGAAGGUGAAUUGAAUUCUAUGUUUAUUUAUAUGUACAGGGGAGCAAUUUUAGUUGAUACGAUUGAAUGUUUAGUUUUAGUUUUAGUGAGACUUUUAUAGCCCUCGCAACUGCAUAAGAUUGAAUGUGCUGACAAGCAGAUGAGUUAUUGUUGUAUGGCCUCUUAGGGAAAACAGAGUAGAAAUAUCUCUCUACUGAACCCUGAUUUGAUGAGGCCUCAAGGCUCUGCUGGUCUAGAUUCUGACUCAAGGGUGGUUGGCAGGUGCUCUGAUUUUUGCUCCUUCUUUCCUAUUGAACACUUAUCUUUGUUAUAUCUCCUCUUUUUUUUCUUUGAAUGUUAAUCUCUAGUAACACUUCUAAUCUUUGACACUAAGUAACCUUUUUGUGUUAUGAGUCCUGUAAAACCCAUAUAGACAUCUGAUAACAUAGGGUUGCGGGUAAUAAUAGUUGUUUUGCUGCUUUAAAUGAUUGUUUCAUUGUAUUUCUGAGUGUUUGGUUUUCUGCAUAGAUUUAAUUUAUGCGAAGAAUAGUUGCAUGCACCGAACAGAUAGUGACAGUGUAUCGUUAGCUAGCUGUUCUAGGCCCAGAAAGCAAAAGUUUGUUUUAAGAGAGAGAUUUAAAAAAUGCAUGUAGUUCGUACUUUUAAACAUUGUAUCUCCAUUAUGUAUCUUUUCUUGCUUUUUAAAGCAUUUUACAGUAGAAUAUCAACAAAAUAUUUCUUGAGCACAUGCAACAGAUACCACAGAUUAAGAAACUGCAAUUUUUUUUAAACUUCAAAAUUCGUUGGGCGAGUACAUCGGAACAUGUAUGUCCCUUGGCAAACUGAAUAGGUAUCAGAAUGUAUUUAUUGGCUUAGAGUGGUGUUGAGCUUCAUAUCUUUAAUAAGAGAUGGGCCGGGGGGGGGAGGGGGGGGGGGAGUUGGGGUGAGGGGUUGCUCAAGAUAAUGGAGUAUAUAUUUACUUGGCCGUUUAAUAUUGAUUUUGGGUUAUUUCCAACUACUACUAUAUGUAUGUUGCAAAGAUCUUCAAAAGAAAA